AUGAAGUUUCUCGCUACCGUUCUUGGCCUCGCCUCUGCUGCGAAUGCCCACACCCUUUUCACCACUCUCUUCAUUGAUGGCGAGAACCAGGGUGAUGGAACCUGUGUCCGCCAGCCCAAGGAUGCUUCCAAAGCCAACAGCCCUAUCUACCCUAUUACCGGAGAUGUCAUGGCUUGCGGUGAAAAUGGUGACAAGGCCGUCAAGUUCAUCUGCCCAGCCCCAGGUGGUGCUCAACUGACCUUCCAAUUCCGCGAAUCCCCCAGCUACCACAAAGAGGGCGCCGUUGCCGAAGGCCACAAGGGUCCUUGUUCCGUCUACAUGAAGAAGGUUGACGAUAUGUACUCGGACAAGGCUGCUGGUGACGGCUGGUUCAAAGUCUGGGAGGAUGGAUACAACACGAAGACGAAAAAGUGGUGUGUCGACACUCUCCGAGCCAACGGCGGCCUUCUUUCCGUUGACCUUCCUACUGGUCUUCCUGCUGGCUACUAUCUGGUCCGCCCUGAGGUCCUUGCCCUCCACAGUGCCCCCGAAGGUGACCCUCAGUUCUACCACAGCUGUGCUCAGAUCUUCAUCGAGAACGGCCCCGCAGGUCCCCUUGAGAUCCCCAAGAAAUACGAAACCAGCAUCCCUGGCUAUGUGAACAAGAAGGAUCCUGGAGUGACCUACAACAUCUAUUCCGAUAAGGGUAAGUACUCCAUCCCCGGACCUGAGGUUUGGAACCCCACCUCCAAGGAGACAAGCACCAAGCAGAAGCAGAAGGAAGGCCUUGUUCCCAAGACCUGUCUGGCCAAGAACGCCAACUGGUGUGGAACUCCCAUCCCCAAGUACUCCGGACAGGACGCCUGCUGGGCCGCUGCGAAGACGUGCUGGGAUGAGGUUGGUGACUGCUGGGACAACGCUCCCCCAACUGGCGGCCAUGGCUGCGAUACCUGGAACGAUUACUGCAAGGAGAUCAACCGCGCUUGCAAGUCCAAGAACUUCGAGGGGCCUCCCAACUUCACCGGCAAAGAGUUCUUUGCCAAAGCCCCCGGCCCUAUUCCUGCUCCCUAUGGCGACUUUAAGGGUAGCGAUCUGGCGACCGAGGGCAAGAACGCCAACUUGAACCACAAGUCUGCUAGCAAGGAGACCUCCCCUGCCCCCACCAAGGUUACCCAAGCUCCCGUUGCCACGACUAAGGCUUCAAAACCUGCUAAGAAGACCAAGUCUACCGAGGCGGUUGCUACUCGCAAGUGGGACAAGUACGAGAAGAACACCAAGUACAAGGACACACCCGUCAUUGCCUACCCUAUGCCCGUACAGACAGCCAACGUUCCCAGCGUCCCAGUCCAGGGUGACAGCUCUGCGCUCAAGGUAUCUGAGGAUGGUCAUUGCGGUGGAGAGACUGGCCAGACUUGCGAAGGUAGCAAGUUUGGUGACUGCUGCUCUCGCGGGGGUAAAUGUGGUCGUAAGGCCAAGCAGUGUGACUGCGGCUGCCAGAAGGGCUUUGGUAUUUGCAACAAGUAG